GAUCCUAUAUCAAGUGAGGAUGAAAUGAUUAAGUUUCCUGUCAUAGUAGAGUUGAGAGAAUCAAGUCCACUCUGUAAUGAAGUCCAGUGGUUAGAUUCUUACCUAGGAUGUGACAGCUAAGGGAGUAAAUGGUGUCAAGCUUUUCUCUGGGGAGGAUUCAUGCACAUAUCAGGACGGUGUGUGGUGAUCCCACAUGAAAUGGACAAUACCCAUUUAUGACGUUUUGGUUUUCACUUCAACAACAAUCCACAGUUCACAAGGGAAGGUGGGCCAUGGAGAGUCAUCUGUGAUUCUCUCUGUCUUGGACAGCUCAAAUCCUCAAACCUUCUUCCUUUCCUUCUCUUUUAGUAAAAGAAGAAGAAUCAAAAAGAUCAAAGCUUUACGAUCACCGUUCCUCUCAGACCUCUCAUAAGUUAUUAUUAUUAUCCUCUUCUGCUGAAAGUUCUCUUAGUCCAUUCACGUCGCCGACUUCUGGGUCUGGUGGAUUUUGGAUCACUAUCGUAGAUAGAUAAGAAUCAGACGCCGGCGAGAAGAAGCAGACGAAUCGCCGGCGGAAUCUGCUGUUUGCAACGCGAAGCUUGAUCUGCGAAGAUUCGAAGAACUCAUUGAGGACCCCUUAGCACCAAACGCUAUGGAGGAAACAAAAACUGCAGGAGAAAAUUUCCCUCUUGAAUCCUCUCCAUUGAAGUCGUUAGCUUUGCAAGAUGAUGAACACACUGAACUGAAAGUUUCAACUACCGCAGUUGCUAAUGAAGAAGUAGAGCAUGAUCAACAGAGCAUUGUGGUAGAAGAUUUUGAAAUAGCAGUUAUACAAGAUGGUUCUGAAUCUGGAGCUCUGAGCCUGGAUGCACUACUUCCAACAAGGAAUCAAGGGAUAUUAAAGCCUAAAGUUGAGCAAACUGAAACAGGGACGUCAGAAGCUACAGAACCAGAUACCUCGAAAGCAGAAUCUAACCAUUAUAGCACUGUGACAAAAGAUUCUGAAAUUGCAAUGGUGCAGGAUGCUUCUGAUUGUACAGUACCAGCCAAGGAUGCAUUGAGUCCAAAAGAGAAUUCAGAAACAGUAGAACCAAAAGCAACACGUCCAAAAACGAUAGAGCCCAAAGUAGAGAUGAUGGUUCCUGGUCCCUCAGAAGUUAUCCCAUCGCCUUCAUCAUACACCUCAAGAGGACAACCUAGUGAUGCUUCACUGCAACCUGAAGACUGCAGUUCUGUUAGCAGUGAAGAUGUUCAAGUUAACAAUGUAUCAAUACCUUAUAUUGCCUCUGGUGAAGUUAAGGACUCUCAAAAUGAUCAUCACGUUAGGCUGUCUGAUGAGUUCGGUCAGCUCCUUGCAGAGCAUGAAAAUAUUAGCUAUAAAGGGCCAGAGCAUCUGCAUGCUUCUCCACAUGUAAAACAGGUUGAUGCACACAGAGGCCUUGUUGAUACUGCAGCGCCUUUCGAAUCUGUUAAACAAGCUGUUUCUAAGUUUGGAGGAAUUGUUGAUUGGAAAGCCCAUAAAAUUCAGGCUGUAGAGAGGCAGAAGCAUGUAGAACAAAAACUUGAGAAGGCAAAAGAAGAGAUUCCCGAAUACAGGAAACAGUCUGAGGCUGCUGAAGAUUCAAAGGCCCAAGUACUAAAGGAUCUUGAUAGCACGAAGAGGCUCAUAGAACAACUAAAGCUUAACCUGGAAAGAGCACAAACUGAAGAGCAUCAGGCAAAACAGGACUCUGAGCUUGCCAGGCUCAGGGUGGAAGAAAUGGAGCAAGGAAUUGCUGACGAGGCAAGUGUUGCAGCCAAGGCACAACUUGAGGUUGCUAAAGCCAGGUAUUCAGCUGCAGUUGUAGAACUGAAAUCAGUGAAAGAUGAGUUGGAAGCACUAAAAGGCGAAUAUGCUUCCUUAGUUUCUGAGAAGGACAUGGCUGUAAAGAGAGCUGAGGAGACUGUUUCUGCCUCCAAGGAAGUUGAGAAGACAGUGGAGGAUCUGACCCUAGAGCUGAUUGCAGCAAAAGAAGCUUUAGAAUCUGCACAUGCUGCACAUUUAGAGGCGGAGGAGCACAGAAUUGGAGCUGCCUUGGCCAGAGAGCAAGAUUAUCUCAAUUGGGAGAAGCAACUGAAGGAGGCAGAGGAGGAGCUACAGAGACUGAACCAACAAAUUCUGUCUGUACAGGAUCUCAAAUCAAAAUUGGAUAUUGCGUCAACCUUGCUACUUAAUCUAAAAUCCGAAUUAGAAGCUUACAAGGCAUCCAAAUUGAACCAAGAAGCUGGUGUGGAAAAAGGAGAUUUGCAAGGUGAGUUACAACACUCAAUGAAGGACACGCAAACAGAUGCACAAUCGACAGUAGCUUCAGCCAAGAAAGAGGUUGAGGAUGUGAAGCUCAACAUUGAGAAAACAAAAAAGGAAGUAGUUUGUUUGAGGGUUGCAGCAUUGUCUCUCAAGUCAGAACUUGAAACGGAAAAGUCGGCCCUUGCCACCAUUAAGCAGAGAGAAGGAAUGGCAUCAAUAGUUGUUGCCUCUCUUGAAGCAGAUGUGAAUAGUAUUCAGGCUGAAUUAGCUCUUGUUCAAAUGAAAGACAAGGAAGGCAGGGAGAAGAUGGUGGAGCUUCCCAAACAGCUACAGCAAGCAGCUGAAGAAGCAGAUCAGGCCAAAUCUCUUGCUCAAUCUGCUCGUGAAGAAUUCCGGAAGGCCAAGGAGGAAGCUGAGCUAUCCAGGGCUAGCAUAACUACCACAGAGAUCAGAUUACAUGCAGCACGGAAGGAGAUUGAAGCUUCCAGGGCAUCGGAGAGGUUGGCACUUGCAGCAGUCAAAGCAUUGCAGGAGAGUGAAUCAACCACAAGUAACAAGGGUGAGGAUGCCAAUGCUGGCGUGACACUUUCUUUGGAGGACUAUUAUGCCCUUAGUAAGAAAGCCCAUGAGGCCGAGGAGCAGGCCGGCAUGACGAUAGCAGCAGCCAUUGCCCAAGUAGAAGUGGCUAAGGAGUCGGAGUUUAAGAGCUUGGAAAAAUUGGAAGAAGUGAAUAAGGAGAUGGCGGCAAGGAAGAAAGCACUGAGAAAUGCGACAGAGAAGGCUGAGAAGGCCCAGGAAGGGAAGCUAGGAAUAGAGCAAGAGUUGAGGAAGUGGAGAGCAGAGCAUGAAAAACGGCGGAAAGCUGGUGAGACUGGUCAAGGGGUUGUAAACCCCACAAGAAGUCCAAGGAGGAGCUUUGAGGAUUUGAGAGAACAAAAGAACUUCAUUGGAGAAAUACAUGCUUCUGAGCCUGUGCAUCAUGCUCCAAUCCAUAAGGCCUUUCUACCCGGAAAUGAAUUGGAGACUGAUCCUACUGCAGCAGUGAAGGUGGUGAAGAGGAAGAGGAAAUCACUGCUUCCACGGAUUGUCAUGUUUCUGGCCAGGAGGAAAGCACAAGCAUCAAACUCAUAACUAACCUCUUUGUGCCACAUAUUUUGUUGUUGUUGUUGUGUCUAUACUUUCUCUUUUUCGGGGUUUUUUUGAACCCGAAGUGGGAUCCAAACUACUGAAGUUGAUCCACCGGAUUUCUGUAUAGUGUAGCCUGGUGAGGAUCCCAUAUGGUAAGUUGAUCUGUUCAGAGAUUUUCUUCACACGGAUUUUGGGAUUGAUGGUUGAGAUAAGACAAUAAGUUACACAACUUCUUUUGCUUUAUUAGCUUGUACUGUAAUGUAAUAAGAUUGAUAAGUUUGCUGAAAUUGGAACAGAUGACUACUGGAUUCUUGGUAGUGCUUUACCAAAUAGUGACCCCAAUUCUUAUUUCUCA